AGUUCAGUUAGUUCAGUUGUUGUGUAUCCUUCGGGUGAAAAGUUUCCUACAAAACACGGACUUUUGCACCGCCGCCGCCGUUCGAGCGCUAGAAACGAGUGCGAGUGCGUGUGAGACUUACUAGCUAACUAACUGAUUCUGAUUCUGAUUUUCGGGAAUAUACUAUCCCUUCGGUGUGGGUGUGAUCGAGUUCAAGGACUCGCGACUAACUUGUUCCAGUUUCGAAAACAGGCAGCCCCAAAUAAUGUGACCAAUGUGACCAGUGAAUUAGAAUAUCCAAGAGCAAAACAAAAUCAAGAACUCCCGCAGAUGCCGCACUUGCAGCUCCAAGUUCUUCAGCUUUUCAUCCAAGUCCCGGUUUAAUUUGCAGCUCCAGUUUCGCGCUCGGUUCUCUGGGUUUCCCUGCAAUUUCCGCGAUUUCCUUCUUUUGUUCCCUUCGUUCCGUUUUCGCGUCGCGGUUUGUUAUUGUCAACUUUCGUUUUCGUGCGGUUUUUCGCGGCUUUUCUAACGGUCCAACGACGGUCGGCAAAUGGAUAGUGAAACUGGCUUGGAUUUCCAAUAGCUUCUAAGUACUCAACAUUUUCCGAGGAAAAAAACUCGUGAAAGGACAUGGAUUAACAACUAAGCUUUCAAUCAAAGGAUUUGAGAACAACGGCGGCCACAACAACACAAAAUACUUUGGAAGCUCUUUAAGCAACUUACAAAAACAAAAAGAAACCUUUCGGCCCAAAAUCAAAAUUGAAAAGCAAACGAACAAAAGGCGUAAAAUGAAUUAGGCUAAACACACAACUUAUAUGAAAUAUAAAUAUUAUUACUAUUAAAGUCAAUAACAAGUAACGCGCUAAUGUUUAAUUAAUCGUUAAGUCCAGAACCCAAACAAACAAACAAACGGAAGACAAAGAUUUUUAAGCCUACGCAUAAGUACAAUUUACUAGAUGUAAAUACUUAAAUUAUUUUUAUAUCCGACGACAUAUUACAAGCAAAUUCAAUUGAGAAACGAAGCAUAAACCAGAGUACAAAAACUUAAUCAAUUUACAACAAGCAAGCGUCAAAUAUUAUCAACCACAAACAGCAAGUAAUUAAUAACGUAAAUAAAACAACAACAACAACGCAUACGAAAUACAAAUUUUACAAAUUACAAAUUUACAAAGAUUUUUUAAAGGAAAAACCAAAACCAAACCAAGUCUGCUACAAAUUAAAUCAAAUAUCAAAAUACAAAUUUUUGCCUAGCUGCCGUUUUACAAACAAACAAAAGAAUAAAGUACAAAACAACCAACCACAAAUCUUAAACAAUUUUUAAACAACAAUUUAAUAAAGCACUUUACAAAGAAGAACACCAUAACAAGUAAAUAUUCAACUUUGCAUUCAAACACGCAAAACCAGUGAGUUCAAAAUAAACGAAAUACAAAUCUUGGAGUAGCUUCAACUUAUAUUAUAGUAUACAAAUCUAUUAUACGGAUAUAAUCAUAGUGUUUUACACUAGCCAACAAACAAACCAGUCGAAUCAGAAACAUUUUUACGAAGAACUCUACCUCAAAAAGCAGACGAACAAACGAAAAGUGAACCGAUAAGUGUACAAAAACUAAAAACGAAUCUUCGAAAAAUCAGUACAAAGCCCCGCAGUUUUUCAAUACAACUGCAUAGCCAUGCCAGUGUUUGUGCUUAAAUGGCGUCUUCAAUUUUAGCCCAGAGCAGCACAGGUGCUACCGUCGACAGCAGCAACUUGGGAGCAACUGCAGCAGCAGCCACAUCUGUGGAGGCCACCGUGUCCAGCCUGCACAACACCCAUCUCAACCAGCUGAGCAGCCUCAGCCAGCACUAUACCACGCCGUACCACCAUCCGCAUUCGCAUUCGCAUCCGCAUCAUCACUACCAGCAGCACUAUCCGCAGCAGCAACAUCUGCAGCAACAGCAACAGCAGCAGCAUCACGCCCAGCAGCAACAUCAGCAGCAGCAGCAGCAACAGCAGCAGCAGCAGCAGCAGCACUGGGACUACUAUGCCAGGCAGCAGCAGCAACAUCAACAGCAGCAGCAGCAACAGCAACAGCCAGCGGCCGCCACCGGCAACACCAACGGCAACAGCAGCAACAACGGCAACAACGGCAACAACGGCAACAACAGCAACCCCGACGGCAGCAAUACCACGGUUCCAGCGCCUUUGGGCAGCAGCAACAACAGCAGCAGCAACCAUGCUAAUGCUGCAAGUGGAGGCAACAGUGGCCAGCGGCACGGCGAUGCCAAUGCCAAUGCCAUUUCCGCCGCCUCCGCCGCAGUAGGAAAUCCGGGUAACCAGCAACCGAACAACUCAGCCGGCAACGCCAACUCGAAUUCGAACUCCAAUUCCAACUCGAACGGCAGCUACACGCGUCCCUGGGAAAUGGAGUCCAAGGACAAUGGGCCACAACCCCCCCAAACGCAACCCCAUCUGCAGCUGAAGAGCGGCUUCGAGCCGUUCUCCAAGCUGCCGUCGUUUCAGAGCCAGUUCCAUGGCUUCAAUGAGCAAUUACUACCGGAUGGAACACCAAUGCCUGUGCCCAUAGGAGCAGGAGUGCCACCAGGAUCGGCAGCUGCAGUAGCAGCUGCAACAGGUUCCAUACCUCCUGGCUCCGUAGGACCCAAUUCAGUAGCAGGACCCGUGGGACCCACCGCCAUGAGUUCCCUGCAAACGGUGGCCAUGUCGCCGGCCAGCAUUUCGGUCAGCUCGCCGGGCAUGAUGAGUGUGGGCUCACCUUUGACCCAACUCUCGAGUCUGCAGACCAGCAUCACACCGCCAUCAGCGGGCAGUUUUCCGGCACCACCGCCGCCGAACGCCUUCGCGCACCACCACGCCCUCAAUCCGCACCACCAUCAUCGAGGAGCCAGCGGUUAUCCCACGCCCUACGCGGAGCUGCCACUAUAUCCGGGAUUCACCCCGUUGAGUGUCAAGAAGGAGCCGAUCUCGGGCGGCAGCGACUUCGAGAUGCUGCUCAAGAAGGAGGACUUUGAUCUCAGCAACAGCGGUGGCGCCGGACUGAUCCACCAUCCGCUGCAGCACGGCCAGCCGCAUCCCAUACCAAUGGGCAUGCACACGCCCACCUCGUAUGAUGGCAACAACAGCAACAACAGCUAUCCGCAGGCGGCUGGCGGUGGGAGUGGCAGCCACACGCCGCACACCACCACCACCCAGCCCACACCCACCACCACCACUCCGGUCAAGGUCGAGAAGUUGCUGCAGUCGCCGAUAGCUCGGCUAGAAGCGCGGAAGAAAGAGCGCCGGAAACAGCGGCCCAAUUCGCUGGAGUCCAGUGCCGAGAGCGAGGCCAGCGGCAUGGACGUAGACCCCAGCAAUCCUGGCCAAGUGGACGCCGUCUCCAGCACGGCCAACUUCAAGAGUCCGUUGAGUGCCCUGGGCAUGGGGGAUAGCAACGAUGCCAAUGCCAGUGGAUGCGACAAGCAGUCCAAGAAGAAGCGCAAGCGGUGCGGCGAAUGCGUGGGAUGCCAGCGCAAGGACAACUGUGGGGAGUGCGCCCCCUGCCGAAACGACAAGAGCCACCAGAUCUGCAAGCAGCGCCGCUGCGAGAAGCUCACCGAGAAGAAGGAACCCAAAGCCAAAACCAUCGUAUUCGGUGCUGAUGGUCAGCCCGUUCGACCCGAUUCGAAACGCGGCCGAGGCAAAGGAAAGUCGUCUGGUUCCGGAAAUGGAACGGUUAACGCCACAGGUAUCGCCGCCGGCAAUGGAACACCAACAACUGGGCAGUCACGCGCCCGCAAAAACUCCACCAAAGCAAACAAACUGAAUGCAGCCGCUGCAUCAGCAACAUCGCCUCGUCUAAGUCCAGUGCCUGCAGCAACACUGUUGCCGCAGCAAUCGCCAAAUACCACAUCAGCAACAGGCAACCUGCAGCAGCAGCAACAGCAGCAGCAGCAGCAGUACCAGCAGCACCAGCAACUUUUGUCGCAACAGCAACUACUGUCGCAGCAGCAACAGCAAUACCAGCAGCCGCAGCAGCAACAGCAGCACUUCCAACAGCAGCAGCAGCAGCACUUGCAGCAGCAGCACGCACAGCAGCAACAUUUGCCACAGCAGCAACAUCAGAUAACCGCACAAAUCCAAACCAUGAAGGAUCAACCGCAGCAGCCCAUGGCACCCAUGGCCUUCUACCCCACAUGGCAGGCGGAUCCGUCGCAGGGCUGGCAGAACCAGUUCAUACAGCAGAUACCACAGAACACACCGGCCAUAACGUCCUUGAACUCCCUGGACUUCCAGACGCAGUCGUAUGCGUAUCCCUCGAACGGCUAUGUGCAGUCGGGAUUGGGAUUCGAUCCCAACUACGGUAGGUCGCCAUAUGCGGCGCCAGUGCAGCGCUACGACUUCCAGAGCCAGCAGCUGUCCACGGCUCCGUCGGCCAUCAACCAGGUGGGUCUGCAGAGUGUGGCGGGAUUCGCGCCCAGCUACGCAGGACAGGUGUCCGCCGCACCAGUGCCGCCGUCGCAGCAGCAACAACAGCAGCAACAGCAACAGCAGCAGCAGCAUCUGGGAGCGGACCUCAAUAAGACGAUGUCGGGAAACGACACGCCUGGAUAUCCGCGGGUGAGCAGCGUGCCGCCGCGCUCACUCAACUGUAACGGGUAUUCAGGCGAUUACAGCGGUUCCCCAGCCACCAACAGCAACAGCAACAACAACAGCAGCAGCAACACCAGCAACACGAACAACAGCAACGCCAGCAACAACAACGCCACCACAGUGGUCAGCGGAGGCACCACCACGCCAGCCCCACCUCCUACAGUGGUGGCCCAGCCCGCCUCCUCGCCCAUGCAGCCACCUAACCAAGCGGUGCCCCAGUCACCCACGCGCAGCAACAUGCUGCAGCAGCAGCAGCAGCAACACCAGUCGCCCACGGGCAACGGGCUGCAGCCCUACGUGGCACCGCAGCAGCAGCAACAACAACAGCAGCAGCAACACCUCUCCUCGCCACCGAUGCAGGACUGGAACUGGCAGCAGCAACAACAGCAGCAGCAGUCUUUGGGCGGCGAGGGCUAUGCCCAGGGUGAGAGACUUCAUCUGAACACACGCAUCAAGUCGAUGAUUAUGCGCAAGAGCGAUCCCAAGGAUCCGCCGCCAGACCUGCAGCAGCAGCCGCAGCAGGUGCAACAGCAGCAGCAGACCGGUCAUUUUUUAUCGUAUAGCCACCAUCUCCGGCCCGAAGCGGCGCUGAGCGCCAACGGACCGAGCAGUGCCACGCCCACCCACCCACUGCCCAACCUGCAGCAGCAGCAGCAGCAAGUGCAGCAAGUGCAGCAGGUGCAACAACAGCAGCAGCAACAGCAGGCGGUUGGUGGACAAGUGGCUGCCGAGCCGAUCGGAGGUGGUGGCGAUCACAUCUGGAAGCCGCACCACGCCAACUCGUUCAAAAAGCCAAGCGUGGUUAGCGGCUAUCCGGCAUCACAGGAUGCACAGUUGCAGCUGCAGUUGCAGCAACACCAGCCAGGACAGCACACGACCAUCAACCACUCGGUCGAUCCGCCAGUGGUGCCACCACAACAACAUCCUCCAGUAGCCGCCGCCCAGCCUAAGAAGUCGCGAAGUCGCAGCAAAGCCAGUCGAGCAGCGGCGGCGGCAGCAGCAGCAGCGGAGGCAGCGGCGGAGAUCGAUCGUGAUCGAAACUCCACGGAUCCAGGAGGUGGUGGCCUGAAACCGCUCAGUGCUCACUAUCCCCCGCAUCCACAUGCCGCCGGAGGACCGCCACCGGGCCAGGACUAUCACUCGCAGUACAUCAAGACCGAGCCUGGCUUACUUGGUCCUCCGCAGCCAAAUAAAAUGGAGGGCUACGAGCGGAACUACCAAAACUUCAUCCAGUACGCGGACUUCUGCCAAAACGAUGGCCAAGGACAGCCCGUGCAACAGCACCAUGGUCAUGGGCAGCAGGACUACGCCGGCUAUCAUCACAACUCCGCCUAUUAUGGCGCCGGAGCCAGUAGUUUUCAGCAGAACUUCCAGCAGAAUUUUGUCCCGGGAUACCAGCACUCCACCUACGGUGCCAGAGGGAAGCCGCCUGCCAACCAACCGCACCAGAUCCAUGGGCAUGGUCAGAGCUUGAUGGAACUGGACCGCAAGCCGGAUACCAACAGCAUCAUACCACUGCCCACGAACUACGAGAAGGAUAUACCCGCCUAUCCCAUUCCGCCGCAUCGCUAUGCUUUGGGACACGGAGCUCCUCCGCACUUGAGUCACCACGGCAUGCUGGAGCCCAAGAUCGAGGACAUGGGAAUGCUGGGACACGGUGGAGGCUAUGCCUAUCUGGGGAGUGAGGGAAAACCCCUGAACAAUGGGUUCUCCUGCUGCCGACAGGGUGGCACUCGUCCACCCACCGCCGAGCACUUAAAGGACGGAACCUGCCUGGGAUUGGGUAUACAACCCAAGGAGGAACUCAUCGACGAGGAUGAACUGAUCGACACCCAUGGCAAUGGGCUCAAACCCAUUGGUGGUGUGGGCAAAGCCAAGGGAAAACAGAAGCCCGAUGAAAUCCCUGAGAUUGUGGUGAAGCACGAGAAGAUCAACCCCAUGUUUGACACCACGGAUCGUCUGGAGAAGGGCAACAAGACAGAGAUUCCCGAGUGCGAGUGCUUCCAGUCCGACAAGAAUCCUCCGGAGCCGGGUACUUACUACACACAUUUGGGCACGGCUUCGUCUCUCAUGGAUUUGCGAAGAGAAUUCGAGGAGCGUUGCAACCUGACGGGUCGUCAGUUGAGAAUCGAGAAGAUCGUCUACACGGGCAAGGAGGGCAAGACUUCACAGGGAUGCCCGGUGGCCAAAUGGGUCAUCCGGCGGGCUGAUCUCGAAGAGAAGAUUCUGGUGGUGGUCAAGAAACGACCGGGUCACAGAUGCAUAGCUGCAUAUAUUGUAGUGUGUAUGGUGGCCUGGGAUGGAAUGCCCCGUCUGGAGGCGGAUAACGCUUACAAGAAUCUGAUCCCGAAGCUGAACAAGUACGGCCUGCCCACCACGCGAAGAUGUGCCACCAAUGAGAAUCGCACCUGUGCCUGCCAAGGACUCGAUCCGGAAUCGUCGGGCGCGUCGUACUCCUUCGGCUGCUCCUGGUCGAUGUACUACAAUGGCUGCAAGUACGCCCGCUCCAAGACGGUGCGGAAGUUCCGGCUGUCCGUAAAGAGCGAGGAGGCGGCCAUCGAGGACCACAUGAACCUGAUUGCCACCCUGCUGGCGCCGGUGUUCAAGCAGGUCUGUCCGCGAUCCUACGACAACCAGACAAAGUACGAGCACGAGGCCAGCGACUGCCGGCUGGGUCUGGAGCCCGGGAAGCCCUUCUCCGGGGUCACCGCCUGCCUGGACUUCUGCGCCCACUCCCACAGGGAUCUGCACAACAUGCAGGAUGGCUGCACGGUACACGUGGCGCUGCUGAAGCCCGGCAACCGGGACACCCGCCUCCCAGACGACGAACAGUUCCACGUCCUGCCGCUCUACACGAUGGACGGCACGGAUGAGUUCGAGAGCGUCGAGGGUCAGAGGGACAAGCACCGCACCGGAGCGGUGCAAAUGCUGGACAAAUUUCCCUGCGAGGUACGCGUUCGAUCAACACCUUUGAUACCGUGCAGAAGGCAUGGCAAGAAGCGAAAGGAUGGCGACGAAGCGGCGCCACCAGACGGAGACCAGGACGCGGUGGGCGAUGCCAAUAGCCAGAGCAGCUCCAGCAACGGUGCCCAGUCCCAGACCCAAGCCAAUAACCAGCAGAGCAGUCCACCAGCCCUGGGAACCGCACACAUCAAAAAAGAGAACGGCAAUGGUGUGAACGCAAAUGGAGCUAGUAGCAAAUCGAAGGGCAAGGGAAAGUCCAAUCAGUCCAAUAAUUCGAGUGCUUCCACGCCGGGAUCCGCGCCUCCCUCGACUCCCUCGCCGCGGUGCCAGACUCCAGUGACUAACAAUCCCAGUCCGGCGGGCAGUGCUUUCAGUACACCACCCGUCCACGGUUCCAAUGCCAAUCCCCAAAGCAAUGGUGGCCAAGGCACGGGCAAUCAGCCCGGACAGCUCAUGAGCUCCAACUCCAGCCUGAUGAACAUGGCCACCAUGAUCGACACCUUCACGGAUGCCCAGCUGCAGUCCAACCAGAUCUCAAGUACUGUCCUAGACUCGCCGUACUCCUAUGACUACCAGACGGCUUCCUACAUAGACUCCCGGAACUACUACGGCCAGUGGCCAACGCCCCAUGCUCCGAUGGGCAUGCAGGCGCAGGUGGGUGGACUAGGAGGAGGAGGUCCAGGAGGAACGGUGGCAGGCGUGCCACCUCUGACACCCAGUACUCCUACGGCUCAACCGCAAUUGGGUGUUCCGCCGGCGACUUCCAUUGCCGGAGGAACGACCACAGGAGCACCAACAGGAGCUCUUCCGGCCACAGCUCCUCCUACGGCUACCCCAACACAGCUGGAAACGAGCAAUGGCUAUGGACCUGGCAACUAUCAAACCCUCGUCAGUAAUCCCGCCUCGAAUCUAACCAAUCCCGGAGGAGUAACCACGGAGGUGCAGCAACAACAUCAGCAGGCCCAGCAACAGUCCGCGCUGACAGGAGGAGUGGGGCCCGGUGGCCUGCCCGUAGUGGGUGGGGCACCUGGUGACCUCAAGGGCCGACUGGUCAGCGAGGAGAAUCCCGACUCCACUACCUUGGUCAACCACCAUCACCAUCAUCAUAAUCUCACGGAGAGUAAACUAACAGCCUUGACGGCCAUGCAACCGAUGACGAACCUCGCACCGCUGACGACCUCGCACCAUCCGCAGGAGGGAUUCGUGAAGCCAAAGCCACCGCCCAGCGACUAUACGGCCCAGUACACGGCUCAGUAUCCGAACAACUAUCAGAUGUACCCGCCUCCACCACCACCGCCGCAUUCGGCGUACUCCGCCUAUGAUGCCUAUCAGAAUAUGAACUAUAACUAUGGGUAUCAUCAGGCGUACUCGCCGUACGGAAUGUAUCCACAGCAGACGCCUCCACCCACGCCACCUCCGCCAUCGCCCAACUGGAACAUGUAUGGUCACCAUCAGACGGGGUCCGUGAACUCAGGCUAUGGCAGUGCAAAUCCUGCUGCAGGAGCGGGUUCCUUGAUAUCCAGCCAUGGGUCAGUAGCCUCCGCGGGCGUGGGCCUCCAGAAAGCGAUGGUUCCAGUGCCAGGACCACUGCAUCAUCAACAGCAACAGGUGCUACAGCAGCAACAGCAGCAGCAGCAGCAACAGCAACAACAGCAACAGCAGCAGCAGCAGCAGCAACAGCAGCAGGUGCAACAACUGCAACAGGAAGCUCCGCAAACGAUAUUACCCGACCUGAGCAAUGGCCAAACCAACUCCGAUACAGUAGCAACGCCCACGCCGACUGGAGAUUCAUCCAGCAAUGACGCGGGACCUGGCAACCCGGGUGCUGGAAACCAAGCGCCCGCAAGUGGAGCAGGUGCAGCAACAACGGCACCUCCCAUCGCCUCGCCAGGUAGCACCAAUUCCACCAAAAUCGAGCCCAUUGGCGAGGUGGCCGAGAUCAAUGAGAACAUCGAGGCCUUCCAGGAUCCGCAAAUGGGCGGCGUGGCCAUAGCUCUGAAUCACGGCAGUGUCUUGAUAGAGUGCGCCAAACACGAGAUGCACGCCACGACGGCGGUGCGCCGGCCAGAUCGACAUCACCCCACGCGGAUGACCCUGAUCUUCUACCAGCACAGGAACCUCAAUCGAUGUCGCCAUGGCAUCGACGAGUGGGAGGAGAAGAUGCGGGUAAAGAAGAUCAACACGGACCUAGACAACAAAGCCAAAGAAGAGCGCGAGCGACUGAUAAAGAAGGCGGCUGGCGAGGAUAUGGACGAACUCGACGAGGAUGCACUGAUGCAGGACGAGCCGGUGCCCAUUAAAAAGGAAUCCUCCGCCAAUGGCCAGCAGCUAAAGAACGGAGCCAGCGGCAGUAAAAAGAAGAAGAGCAGCGAUUCCAAAAAGUCCCAGGCCAACGAGCAGUCAAAAAACGAGAAGGUUGCCCUCCACGCACCAACACUGACGACCACGUCGUGGACGACCCUGUUCCCCACGCAUCCGUGCGUGGUUUCGGGGAAAUACCCGGAGGGCAAUAGCAGUCCGACCUCGUCCACGAACAACGCGCCCAACGGUGGUGGCUGCCCCGCCCAGCAGCAGCAGCAUCUGCCUCCACCGCCUGGCAGUGGGCUCAUCCAUCCACCGCCGGGCACGCCCACUGGCACCGCAGCACCGCCGCCGCUGCCCACUCCGCAUCAGCAGCUGCCGCAGCAGCAGCAGACCUGAAUCUAUUCAGGCUGAGGGGCUACUACUGGUAACCAGCCGCCGGAGUCCGCUGCAUAGGCCUAAUCUUAAGAAUCCACACAAAUCAAUCCUGUUCCGGGUUUGAAUUACGAUUGAAUCGGGCGGAUCGGAUAGUAAUAAAUUGAACACAUUUCAGAUAUAUUUGAAUUGAAUUUGAAAAGAAGAGUUUCUUGAACUUCGAUUUAAAGCACUUUCAAUUACCAAGUUUUCAACGCAAAGUUAUUCCAAAAAGCUAGAUUGAAACCAAAAACUUUGACAAAUACAUAACAGCACUAAAUUUUUACUCGAUUUACUUCACAAAUAAUGAGGAAAGUAAUUGAAAUUUUUUUCCAAAACCGCCAAACAAAUCGAAAUUAAACUGAAGAACAGGGUUGUAUGACUGAAAAUUCACUCAAAGCAAAGAAAAGAAACAGAGACAGAGGAUUUAAUUAUUUUUGUAAAUGCGUUUGAUUUAGUGUGCCAUAGGAGGAGAAUUAGAAGAGUUCCCGGAAAAAGAGUUGCAGUUGAAAGAGUACAGUUGACGCUGCCGGGCCAGAGUUGUCACCAUUCCACAAGAAAAUAUCCCAGAUACAUCACACUUCACUCAGCAAAAAUCACACAAAAAUAACAAGUUUCUAAACUGAAUGAGCAGUUAGUUUAAAAUCAACUAUUAACUUUAGUUUCUUAAGAGCCAGCAACAAAACGAUUUCUGUUAAAUGAGUUAUUUUUAAAGACAAGCAGGAAGCAAACUACAGAACUACAGAACAAGAACAAAACGAAUACUACUAAAACAAAAACUAAAUAAAGAAAUUUUUGCUUAGAAACAAAAAGUCAGACUAAGAGUUAGUGGGAGUUGAAAAAAGAUCAUUGCCAAAAGUACAAAUAAACCAUUUUUUAACAAGCAACUAGAUGAACGUAAAGAAUUUCGCAAGACAACAAAAGAAAAUAGUUGGUAACAGAGAAAAACAGUUUUUACAAAAGAACUACACUACACUACAAGAGUUUUAAAUUUAGUUAAAUACCCAUUUUCCAACAAUUUGACUAUCCUUUGGGAUUGGCUCGAACUUGAGUGGCAGUGCCAAUCGAAUUUAAAUUGUAUGAACGAAACAGAUGGCGAAUUUCUGUCAUGAAAAAUUAUGUUUACACUGAAAGAAAUUCCCCAUAUGCUCAGCUGAAUUAUCAUUCGAUACCAGACCACAAGCAGGAAGUUUAAAAUGGUGCGAGCAGGACAACUAGAACUACAGCUAGAGAAGAAUUGAAUAUUUUUGAGCUCGGGAGAAAGAGACAAACAGAACGGCACACGCCAGCUGAGAAAGAGAUAGACCGAUAAACGAGUAAGGCAGCAAGACAUUUUUAAACUUUAAUCAUAAUUUAAACUAAGUUUAAGCAAAACACACACACACACACACACGUGCAAAACACGAAAGUUAAAUAUAUUUAUUUAUGCGCAAAUCGACGGCAAAUAAGGGGUUUAAUUCUAGUUAUUAUUAUUUCUGCAAGAUUUAGUUUGAAAAACCCAAAAAGACUCGAAACCAAUCAAGUAUUAAGCACUAAACAACCAACAACUAAUACUAAACUUAUUUGCCUAACCAUUUGUAAUUGUUGUAUAAAACUCAAUGAAUAAUUUGCAUCCAUCCAAAAGGUAACAUACAAUUAAAGAUUAGAAUGCAAAUGUGGCAGCGCAACUGAAUUUCAAAUCAAAUUAGUCUACAUAUACAUAUAAAUAUAUUUUGCACAAAAUAAAACAGAAGAGCGGAAUGAAAAGGAUAAGCAAAACGGUUAUUGAUAAUACGAUCCUUGAUGAUCCUGGACGAACGGACAUAUAGAUCGUAUGUAAACUGUACGUAAUGUAAUUUAAAUGUAAGGCAGCGAAGAAGACUUUUGAGCAACAAGAAAAAACAUGUUUUGAUAAAUAUUUAAAUGUUUAUAUAAUAUAUUAAUAUAACUUAUGAUAAUUGAUAAUUGAUUAACUGAUUACGCAAGCCAACAACAACUAUUAUAGUUUGUAAAUGCUUUUUUUAUCAUUUUCAAAUAAAAGCAAAUCCUUUGCCAUCAUUAAGUUACACACCCCAAAACGACUUUUGAGUUUCGCGGGGCGCUCGGCGUACACCUUUUACAUAAACUAUACGUAUAUUGGCAUAUGAUAAAGCAGAAACAAAACCAAUUAACACUCAACACUGAGCAGCAUAAGUAAUAAGCGGAAAUAAGAAAUCAGAAAUUAGAACUCAGAAAUCAGAAAAGAGCUCGAAGAUAUCGCACCUGACUUAGCGACAUUCGGGUGCAGAAUCAGAUAGAGAUACGAUAUAGCGAGAUACAUACAUAUUGUAAAACGAUAUACAACCCGAG